AGAGGGGGAACAAUGAAACCGGCCGAGCCGGGGCACGUCGAAGGCAGCAGCCAGGUUGAGAGCGGCCGGACACCUGAGCACAAUGAGCACAAUGAGCCCUCGCACCAGCCCGGAGCCAAUCGGCGCACACGCGAACGGAACCGCCCGCCCGUCCGCCCGUCCGCCCGCCCGCCCGCCCGCCGGCAUUGGCCACGAAUAAAACCCCCCUCUGCAACGCGCUUCUCCCCGAGACCUGCUGGCCUCAACAAUCACAAAGCCGCACAUUCCAACAAGUCUUCCCCCCCAGUAAAGGGCUACUACGGUCGUGUUAAAAGUACGAGGCGACUCGCAGAGUUCGGCGAACCAAGCGAUCCGGGUGUAAGCGCCAUGGCGCUGUUGGUGAGCGGCAUCAUCCGUGCGGUGUUGCCUAAGACUCUGGCCAUUAAAAGCUUCGUGGUGCUGUGUGUGCUGGGAGCCGGGAUCCUCUUCGGCUUUCACGUCACCGUGCACAAGAGCUUGUGUGUGCGCAACGAUGCGAGCUGCCAGGACAUUUUGUGGAAAAGGGCUCAGACGCUCUUUCAAAAACUCAAGGUGGGCAACACCGCAGCACCGGCAGCGGGGGACGUUGUCGCGGUGAUGGAGGACGUCGUCACGACGACGGAGACUGACUACAGAGACGACGAAGAGGAAGGCGUGCACGAAUGGCUGCAGCAGAACGUCAACGAAAGCAUCAAAAUCGGAAACGACAACGACUACUUCCGCGAGGCCAAAGCGGCGCCCUCGAGCUGCCCACAAAGCCUGCGAAAAAGGGUGAUGGCGAACGCGGAGUUGCGCAGACUGUUCCAGUUCGACCUGCCGGUGCUGCUGUCGAAGAGCCACCUCAACUUCAACGAGUGGCAGAGACUCAUCAAGUACCGCCUCCCCUACGGCUGGAGAGGCAUGAACUGGACCGACAUGGUGGAUGCUAUGGAAUCCCUCGGCGCACCGGAAAACCGAGAGCUCUUCGACGACCGCAUGGGGAAGGAGAGCGGGAGUUGCGUGCGCUGCGCUGUGGUGGGGAACGGAGGAAUUCUCAGCGGGGCCGGCAUGGGGAAGGAAAUCGACGCUCACGACUACGUGUUCAGGAUGAACGGAGCCAUCACUGACGGAUUUGAAAGUGACGUUGGCACGAGAACCUCUUUCUACAUGUUCUCCACAAACACGAUGAAGAACUCGAGGCUCGCGUACCAGGAGUUUGGCUUUCAGCAUCCUUCGUGGUCCCCGGAGACACGCUACAUCUUCAUCCCUUGCGGCCACCAGGACUACUACAUGGUGACUGCUGCAGCGAGAGGAAGCCUCGUCCACAAAGGGGACGACAAGAAUGACCGGCCUUGGACAUACUUUGGAAAAGAGAAUGUUGGAAAGAAGAUUAAAAUGCUUCAUCCGGAUUUUCUACGGUACCUGAAAAACAAUUUCCUGCCUUCGGGGAUCCUUCAAACGGACUUCAGAAACUUCUACAGGCCCAGCACAGGCGCAAUAGCUCUGCUAACCGCUCUGCACACCUGUGACGAGGUCUCUGCAUAUGGCUUCAUUACCAGCAACUUCAGGAAAUUUCCAGACCAUUAUUUUGACAAAAACCAGAAGCUUGUCUUUUACAUCAACCACGAUCUGUCCCUCGAGAAGAAAUUAUGGAGAAAGCUAAAUCAGCUGGACAUCAUGAAGCUUUACCGGCGGAAAAUGGCCUAGGUUCGGCGAUGGAUUGGUUUGGUAUGCUGCCGCUGUGCCAAGAACUGUAGAUCCCCAUUCUCUAUCAAAAGCAAUGGCCACACUUGUUCCUGUGGAAUACCUCACUUUAUAUAUUGUUUUUUAUUUACUGUGGAGAAAAUAAAAAAAGUACAAAAAACAUCCACCCAUCACACAGAUAUGUGGUGAGUUGCAUAACGACGGUGUGCCACAGUAUCCACUGUUGACACGAUCCAUCACACUGUUGUGUGAAACCUCACGCAGUGCUGUAGUGGAGCAUUGUGGGUAAACACAGUACAUUAAAUAGGUCAGCUUCUGUUCCCUAUCUGAACACACAAAAUAUUUCUUUAUUUGUGUAUAUAUCGGCCUUCCAGACUACUCGUGGUAACAAUACGGUUUUACGAUAGAGGUCAUACUGUAACGGAAGCCUCUAAUGCGCUCUUACGAGCUUAUGGUUAUGAUGUAGUAAAGCAAAUACAAAUGUAACAGAUAAAUUGAAUGUCGAGUGUAUGCCCCCAGUAACUUGGCACUGUGAAAGUCUAGCGUUGGUGACCCAUCUGAUACCAAGUGGCAUUGAUGCCGAAUAAUUUUUUUGCCCAUUAUUCACCAGUUCCCGUUUGAGGAAAUAAUUAUCUUAAGUGUCCUUAUAUCCGGCUGUAGUCAUUAUGGCAAGCAGAUUUUGUAUGCAGUGAAAAUGACAUUUGCCGUUUAAAAUUUGGAGUGAAUUGAGUGGAUCGAGGUGUUUCUCGCACCAAUCGUCUUGCUGAUUUUAAUUCUCAAAGGAUCGUCAAGGCAUUGUACCAUACUUUGCAGCAUUUGUAUAACUUUCUGAUGAGGAGAGACAUGGUCGGACAAGGGUUAGGUUUUUGAUACUACUGUACUAUAAACUUACUGUUCUAUAAAUCAAAUCUCUGAUUUUGUAUACAUUUAAAUCGCUGCCAGGUUUGCGGGCCUUUGGAGCACUGAGAGCCAUAUGUGUGUCACACCAACCACUGAACACCACCACCACCGUCUUCAGUACAGCCUAUGCUCGUUCAAAGGACUGUAUAAAUACACUUGUGUAAUGGUAACAUGAUUAUUAAACCGGUGUGCUUGGCAACGCAGGGGUCCAAUGUCGCGGAUGCUCUCAUCCCCUGUGGGGCUCUCCACAAGCAACUACCGCCACUUGUCUGCGGAGAAAAUAUUGUGGAGAAUAAGAGUACAUUAGCACGUGACUCCACGCAUUUUAGAACACAUCGCGGCUAAUUGGAAGCAUCUAAGAACGUUGGGAAUAUUUGCGGGAUGGCAGCGGAUAAUGGGUAAUCGGUUCACGGAUAAGGAGUUCUGUUAUUCAAGUUAUGUUGCGCGUGCUUGUUUGUUGGUUCUACAGGGUAAGAUGUGGGCGAGUGGUUGUAUAAAUGUGACAUCGUGUACUGUUAAGACAUGGGGUGGAAUUCCAGUAAUGUGUCCGGUUCUUGCCUGGUCAAAGCAGUGAUUUGAUGUGUGUGUACCUGCUGAAUGCAAAAGUAUAUAUUUGUAAUUGUUUUGGUCUCUUCGUGCUCGUUUAAAAAUUUGAAGCAAGGUGCUGUUGUUGUGAUCUGGAUGUAUUUAGAGGGACUGGGCGUUGUUGUGCGGCGCAUGCCAAAUUGAGGUCAUUCAACAAUGUUGGUUCGUUUGUUGCUGAGUUGUAAUUGGCUGGAAUGCCGCAAGGCCUUUUAGGGGCGCGACGAUGGAUGCGUCGAUUAACUAAUGAAAGUCGUUUGUUAAUUUCACUGUGCAUUAACCGAUUGUAAUGAUAAUUAUUACACGUGUAAGAUGUGUGGAAAUUGCAUCCAAGCGAAUGUUGCAUUUCGGGUAAUGGAGAACACAGAAUUGCACAAACCGGUCAACUUAGACGAAGCGUUGUUUCUUGCUUCGUCACCCUGCAUUGUGACGAGGCAAUUGAAUGACUGGGUGGGGUAGGGCACACCCAUGGUACUUUGUUAUAGAAGCCUCCAAGUGAGUUUGCUUUUAAAUGAUAAAUGAAUGGCAUUGGUGCAGAGGUGGGUGAAAUAAGGCAUGACAAUGAAACAUUGUCGAGGUGUUUUUCCUGAUAGUUAAAAAGGCUCACAGCGGGGUACAACGCCGCGUGUAUCGAGACUGAUGCGGAGUUUUUUCGGUACUUUUUUGAACGUCAGAAUCGACCGUUUUGUUAAGGAUAGAAGGCAAAUGGUGAAUUGAUAUUAACAUUGUCCAACAGUAGAGUCGUUCAAAUGAACCACAGCUGUAGACAAUCUUAAUGUCAGAUGUUUUUGCUUUGUUACUGGUGUUAUUCCAAAAGGAAUUAUGUUUACAGAAUGCUGUAUUUUAAUGCAUGCGUUCAUGAGCCUUGCCAGAAAACCAAAGACCGUUUUCUAUUGAUGGUCCUGGAAUUUCAAAUGUUGAAUAUGUCAGUGCUGUAUAUUGCAUAAGGGUGCACUAAACCCACUGCCUCAUGGGUUUACACCGUUCUCGUGCAACCCGUUAUGACUUUGGGAGAAGCGAACAAUCGAUUUCCUCUGGGUAAUUACUCGACGUGUAAUAAUUUUUCAUCCACGCACCUCCGAUGAGCACGGUUGGCUACGUAUGGUGAAACAUAAUUUUAACACACGUGCAAGUGUGAAGGUAUCAAUUCUCGUGCACAGUAUUGUUGUGCGUGUCCAUUAUGAGCAAAUCUUACAGUAAUGAGGGAAUAAUAUUGCAGAUCCUAUUACCACGUAUUUACUCAACAAUCCUGAAUGAUAAUGAUUUGUGGAUAUUUGCGGAAUUUGCCACUCGACUCAAGUGCACAAACAUAAAAUGCGCGCAUAAUGGCAAGGGGUACCACAGUGAGCCUUGGUGUACGUCGUGGGUACGUGGAAGAAUAGCGCUGCUGAUUUAGAAGAUUGCACUCCAAGAGUUUCCACGGACAAUAGGAGUUGUGGGUAGCAUGGUAACGCAUAAGAGGAGUUCUGUAAAUGGGAAACUUUGGAUUGAAUCAUGAACUUGAGGGAAGUGGUGAAUUGUUACAUACCCAUGAAGUCGUCAUGAGCACAGCCAGAUACACAUGUGUACAUCAAUUGUGGCAAAAAGAUACAGUAAAAAUAAACAUUUUUUUUGUGUUAUGCUGUUAUUUUCUUUGAACCUAUCUACGUGACUUUACCGAAAGACUCAAGAAUAUAAAUAAAAUAUGAAUUGAAAAUGGCAUGACACUGAAAGAUUUCUGGAUUGCCGUUGCAUCGUGGUUCACGAGCUUGCAGUGCCAGUCCUUGUCCAGUAUUUGUAAGUACUGUACGCUUGAAUUUAUUAUCGACGGCGUAUCAACAUUGUGAAAGUUGUUCUGUACAUGUUCUCUUUGAUCGUGUAUUGUAGUAGAUAACCGUUGGAAACUGGCAAGCGAUAAAGACAGGUUUGUAAAUACUGAACCAGUGAUGUUCUAAGCCCCACUUAAUUUUCAUCGCCACAGGCAUUACAACAAAAGGCACGUUGUGCAAUUCCUUCUGCUUUUCAUGCAGCUCAAACAAAUACGAUGUGGAGAGGGGGGCUUCAUCUCGCAGUGGAUUGACGAGUCGUUCACCUCUUUAUGCAUCUGCGCUCGUUGCAGUACUGUGGAGUGCGAGUCCCUGGACGAUUUUUCAGCCUUCAACUUUCCCACUUGCCUGGGCUUGUGAAAUACAGUUACCUAAUUGUGUUGGUACACUAAUGAGGAAUGCAGGACGGUGCGACACCAACCCUGAUUCUAAUAGCACUUCACAAGUCCUGGCGCUCAUUUGUAUGUAAACUGAUGUAUACGCUGGGUAGAUGGAGCAAAUUAGAGGUCGUGUUUGUAUCACACGCUGGUGGUGUUUCGUGAAGGCCAUGGCGAUUUGGCGACGGUGGUGAUGAUGCGCAUUUUACACCUGGAAAAAUUAAACUUCCUGUGGGAAAAAUGUCCGGUGUGGGUUUUUCACGUGGACAGUGAAGUCUGUCGCAAAUGCUGACGGGUUUCCGGAUAAUCCACGAAUAGAAAGUGUCGUUUUAAACUGAAUCGUACGUAAACAUUUUAGAUAAAAUGAUUUAAGUAGUUAUUAUCACGUGUAAAUAUUGUACAAUGAUUAAUGGGCCAAAUUUAA